GAGACCCCAAAUCCGAAACCCUUUCUCUCCUCCUACUCCUACUCCUGUACGAAUGCGAUCGACUUUGAUGUUUUCUGAUAUGGCAGCAAUCGUUGCUUAUUCUGAAUGAUAUCCGCUUUAAUCGAUGAGAUAUUUGCUAUGUUUCUCAUUUUUCCCAUAAAAAUCUCCUUGUUUUAAUCGUUUGGUGUACCAAUUGCCGUGCUCUGUUUUGCAAACCCAAUCCUUUCUUGAAGGAUUGUUCCAGUAGAAUGUGGUUGGAGUAGGUUGCUUUUCUAAGCUUGAAUCGUGCUCUCUUCUGUGGACGUUUUGACGCCACAACUUUUCUUGCGGAUCCUUGUGGAGCAGAAUAUAUAGCUGGAUUUAUCUGUACAUUUCCGGCCAUCGCUGUCUUCUGAGUUAAGGAGCUUUGUCUUUUCUUAUGUUGGAUUUGAACGAAGCCCCACGAAAAGUCGCGUCCUUUUGUUUUUGCGGCGUGGAAAGAGAUAGCCGACGUGUCCUUCACAACUGGCCUUCAGAUCUGCCUUAUUCUGUUUUUGUAUCUACAGAUAUUGUGUGUUCACGGUCGACGGUCAGAUGUCGAAAUCUGGAGCGCUGGAUCUCGCUACGGGCGUGGGAGGGAAGAUCAAGAAGGAAGAUGUGCAGUCUGCUGUCGAUCAGUAUGAAAAGUAUCAUGUCAGUUAUGGAGGGGAUGAGGAAACAAGAAAAGCAAACUACAGUGAUAUGGUAAAUAAGUAUUAUGAUCUUGCCACAAGCUUUUACGAAUUUGGUUGGGGAGAAUCAUUUCACUUUGCCCCCAGAUGGAAGGGAGAGUCACUUCGUGAAAGCAUUAAGCGUCAUGAACACUUCCUUGCUUUACAACUUGGGUUGAAACCUAGGAUGAAGGUGUUGGAUGUGGGAUGUGGAAUUGGUGGGCCUUUACGAGAGAUUGCUAGAUUCAGCUCAGCAUCCAUUACAGGAUUAAACAACAAUGAGUAUCAGAUCUCAAGGGGAACAGAGCUUAACCGCAUAGCUGGAUUAAGUGAGUCAUGCAACUUUGUUAAGGCUGACUUCAUGAAAAUGCCAUUUUCUGAUGACACAUUUGACAGUAUCUAUGCAAUAGAAGCAACUUGCCAUGCGCCAGAUGCAGUUGGCUGCUAUAAGGAGAUCUAUAGGGUGUUGAAGCCUGGUCAGUGUUUUGCAGCAUACGAGUGGUGCAUGACCGACCAUUUCGAUCCAAAUAAUGAGAGUCACCAAAAAACCAAGUCUGAAAUUGAACUUGGCAAUGGUCUUCCUGAUAUAAGGACUACAAGAGAAUGCCUUGAUGCCCUGAAGCUUGCGGGGUUUGAGGUUGUAUGGGAGAAGGAUCUUGCGGUGGAUUCUCCUGUUUCUUGGUAUUUACCACUUGAUACGAGUCGGUUCUCAAUAACUAGCUUCCGUUUGACGGCUUUUGGGCGACUCAUCACUAGAACUAUGGUUAAGACAUUGGAAUUCAUGGGUAUUGCUCCGGAAGGAAGCAACAGGGUUUCGUCGUUCCUAGAAAAGGCAGCGGAGGGACUCGUGGAAGGAAGGAGAUAUUCACACCAAUGUACUUCUUUGUGGCUAGGAAGCCUCUUUCAGGUAGCUGAGAAAUGCCAGAAGCAUGUUUUUGAUUGCUGCAGAAAUCAUACCUCUCCUUGUUUGGACUGUUGAAGAAAUUGUUCUUGAACUACUUUGAUUUAUUGUUGAACAUGGCAAUACCAUCAUUUAUCAUAUCCUUUAUGAUUCCUUGUUCAA